AUGUCACAGUUAAAGGAUUCAAAAGGGGAAUCUAGUGCUAAUGAUCUAUCAGAGGUCGAUGCAGUCAGUGAUGAAAGUGUUGGGGAAGUUGGCACGCUGCGUAACAAUGGUCGAUUUCAUCGUACCUUCACCCCCAGACAAAUUCAUGCAAUUUCUCUUGGUGGACAGAUCGGAGCAGGUCUCUUCAUUUCAACCGGCGAAAACCUCCGAGAUGGCGGUCCUGGAUCUCUGUUCCUGGGCUUUGUGGUUGUCUGUUCAUGUGUAUGGGCAGUUCUGCAAACUGUCAGUGAGAUGACAAUACUUUUCCCUACUCCAGGGAAUUUCAUCGAUUAUGCCGAUCGCUUUGUGGAUCCAGCCUUGUCUUUCGCUGCCGGAUUUUCGAUGUGGAUAGGCUGGACAGCUGUUAUUGCCUCGGAAGCAACAUUCUUCUCAACUAUCGUUAACUAUUGGGCAAAAGAUCGAGUCAAUGAGGCUGUCUGGUUGACCAUUUUUCUUCUUCUUAUGUUUGUAAUUUUCAGUCUACCAAAUGUGGCAUUUGGCUGGUUCGAGUAUUUUACCUCUCUUCUGAAGAUAUUGGCUCUCAUCAUAUUUAUCAUUGUGGGAAUCGCUAUCAUUUUUGGAGCUGGUACCGAUGGAUCUAUGCAUCAUGGUGAGACAUGGCAACAUGGGGAUGCGUUUUUGAAUGGAUUCAAAGGAUUCGGAAAUAGUGUCUUACUAGCGAUUUUGGCUAUUGGAGAUUAUGUUGGCAAUAUUGACACACCCAUUCGCACAGAUAACACGUUCACUGGCUUUCUUGCUGGUGAAUCCAAGAGCCCUCGGUUCUCUGUUGGCCACGCAGUUUUCCUGAUUCCAAUCCGAGUCACUGUGUUUUAUUUGACGUCCGUGGUUCUGAUCGGCCUACUGGUCUCUCCCAGUAAUCCAAAUUUACUAGGCAGCAGCGGCGUUGCGGCAUCUCCUUUUGUCAUCGCUAUCAACCAGGCCGGGAUCAAGGGGCUUCCAGAUUUCCUCAAUGUCAUUAUCAUGUUCGCCGUGGCAGCAAUCGCCGCAGAGAGCUUCUAUAUCGCUUCAAGAAUUCUCCAGACAAUGUCCCAUCAAGGUCUGAUCUCUGCGUGGGUGGCGAAGGUUGACUCACGCGGCCGUCCACGGGUAUCCCUGGCUAUUACGGGCGCUCUUAGUGUCAUUCUCACAUACAUCAACCUCAGUGGAGAGGGCACAACUGUAUUCAACUGGCUGGCACAGAUUGCAAGCACUGGAUACUUCAUGGUAUGGUUUGUGAUUGCCAUUACCUCGUUUCGUUUCCGUGCAGCUCUGAAAGCUCAGAAUGAUCCUCUGUUCGAUCAAAUAUAUUCUUGGAAGUGCAGUAUCUGGCCAAUACCUCCUAUUUGGCUUCUGACUUGCUGUUGUUUUUAUAUUGCAUGCUCUUUAUACCUCGCUUUAUAUCCUAUCGGAUCAAAUACGCCGACAGCAUACUAUUUUUUCCAGUAUAUGUUUGGAUUGAUUUUGAUUACAUUCAGUGCAAUUGGUUACAAGCUCAUAUUCCGGACAAAGCUCCGAGACCCUCAAACAGUGGAUUUGCAGACAGGGCGCAGGGUCCUAAGCGUUAAAGAGAUACGGGAGUUGGAUAACUACGAGAAAAUGCCCAAGUGGAGGAAGUUUGUCUCAUUUGUACAGCUUUGGUAG